GGUGCUGACGCUGAGACAGUAUAAAAUUAACACGUCAUUUUCUUGUGCUCUGCGUUUGUCUCUGUCAAACAUGGUCGACAUAGGAAGGAGUCUUCGCCACGAACACUAACCUACGAGUCCUGAACACACAGCGUUCAUAUUUGUUUGAAAUGGAUAGUGUGGACAUCAGAGACGUGAGUGAUGGCCGCGCUCCGGCGGAGAAAGCUCCCCCCAAAAACCAGGAUCUGGGUGCCCUGAGCCUGAUAGCAGGAGAGCUCCUGUCCCAGUAUGGAUGGUACCUACUGGCUGUGACUGUGCUGGUCUACCUGCUCAUCCAGCACCUGAGCAAGAGAAGAUCCAGCCAGAGCUCCCAGAGCUCACCCCCACAGACAGAGCAAGAUGCUGCGUUAGUGGCAAGAAGACAGGAGGCCAUGGAAGCAGCUCGGAGGAAGAUGCAAGAGGAGCUCGAUGCCAAAGCAGCCGUUUUCAGAGAGAAACAGAAACAGCAAGAAGAAGAGAAGAGGAGGCAGAAAAUAGAGAUGUGGGAGAGUAUGCAACAAGGAAAGAGUUACAAAGGAACUGCAAAGCUUUCUCAGCCCCCUGAGGAGGCCAGCUCAUCAACAACAACAGUGCUGAAACCAAAGACGGACAAGAAGACACUUCGCGGCUCUGAUUACAGUCCCCUGUCUGGACAAGGAGGAGGCUCCUGCUCCUGGAGACCUGGCAGGAGAGGGCCGUCAUCUGGUGGAUGAGGUUAAAGAAGGUCAGAGACAUUGGUCUGUAUGCCCUUUGACCUCUGACAUCCUAAAUCACACACUGACUGACUGAACCAAGCUCACAAUGUCACCAAGGCCACACUUUGUUUUUUUUACUUGCUCCAUACUUCUGAUUCUCUGCUGUUAUUUACUCUAUGUUCUCUCUGUGCUGUUGUUGUUACACAUCAAAGAUACUAGCAGAAUACUGAAUCAUACAUUUAAGAGGCCAGUGGCUAGUGGAGUUAAAAGCUUGUAAUGAAGCCAUUCCUUUAAAUGGUACAUAACCACUGGGUUUGGCUGAUGAAUUUCACAGUCUGUGUUUUUUUUUUUUCUUAUAUAUUCUAACAUGUUUAUCAGUGUGGAACCACCACAGCUUUAGAGCUUAUAUUACCACAGCAACUGUAGCUGACGGCCGAUGGUUAGUUACAAGAAAUGGUACAUUCUGAUGACCCAAACAUUUUGAUCUAUCUAAAUGUGAAGGAGGGUACGUCUGUAGUGUUACACACAUUUUUAUGCAAUAAAAAUAUGGUCACCAGGAGUUUGAAUUUGUCCUGCUGGGAAACUGCAAACAGCUGAAGGUGGGGUGAAGGUGUAAUAUGCUGGGUGGGGUUUUUUUUAUAAACACUUUGUAAGCUUUAUUUAAACUUUAUUCAUCCAGGAAGUCUGAUUGAGGACAAGAACAAAUAACUUUAAACACGCACACAACAUCAAAACAUGCCGAGUCAGUUACAAAACUCAUCAAGGAUGAAUUACCAACUGUGCAAAGUGGGGAACUGCACUGGGGCUUCAGAUGCCCUGGAGCCCAAAAGCUUAUAGGAUAACUUUAAAUAGCUGAAACCUGCAGUACUAAUGCACAAUGUGGACUGAAAUGAUAAGGACCCUAAGGCAGGCCCUGCUUUAUUACCUGUCGUAUCGUAUGAAUCGUAUGAAAAUCUAAUUUUAAGAUCCUCAUUAUUUCACGGCAGGACUGAAACCAGGUUUUUCAGUGUACUGGUUGUUCUUUGUGGCUCAAGGCAAAAAAGUCCCAGUUUCAGUGAGUCAGUUUGUUUGUGAUAGUUUAAUUAACUGCAGAUUUGUGUCUGAAUGUGAUACACCACAGCACAAUGUGAACCGAAAUGAUAAAGACUUUAAGGCAGGUUGUGCAUUUUAAUCUGUGGCCCCAGGUUUUCCAGCACAGGGAUACUGGUUGUUCUCCUAAAUAAGAUAAAGAUGUUGUGUGUAUUCUACUGAGUGCACUAUACUUGAUGCACAAAGAGUGGGAGGAAUUGGGGUCAGAAUACACACACAGACAGACAUAGCAAUUAAAAUCGUUAGAAAUAUGAAUACUGACAGGCCCUCAGAUGAUGUGUCUCUAACUUCAGUUUAUGUUACAGUUCAUUCCAGUGUUGAGGUACAUGUCUGUCCUAGUUCAGAGCUGGUGUGAAGAACUUUUAAAGCCAACACAUCCUGUAGUCUGGUUAUGUUGAACUCAACUAAGGAUAUUUAAUAUCUUAGCAACUUAGAUGACAGACCUUAUAAAUGAACACUCAGAUGUCAGUGGUAACCUCUGAUCUUUUUACAUAACUCACUGUACCUAGUGCUGUGGGUGAGUAAUGACUGGAAUACAGUGGUAAAUAAUGUUCAGUGAUUUAAGAGUGGUGGUAGCAGUGUGAGCAGACAGAGUAUCUUCAUGAUUCCAGUGGAGAUAAUACAGUAAAGUGUGCUGUGAUUUCUUUCUUAUUAAAUGCUCUGAUAUAAGAAAACGAUACAAACUUUAUUUAAAUUCAGUUUUUAAGACCUCCUCUCUUUCAUCGGGUAAAUGCAAACAAAUCCCAUGAAAAGUUCAAAACCACUGUUAUUGUGUCUCUCAGCACUGUCUGACUUCCCACCUUUGUCUGUGGCUGUCGGCCUCCCAGCCUUUUGGCUCCUUAUGAAGACAUUAACCUUUAAAAACAGCUCACGAAUACAUUAAUUCUUUUUAUAGCUCGGUAAUUUCCUAAAAGCGCUGGGCACUGUAGUUGUCAGCAAAUGUUAGUGUAAACAGGAGGAAAUAGUGCAUUUGUAGGGGACUAUUUUCAGCAGCUACUCACAUUUGGUGGUGUAGUGAGUAUUUCAGGCAGCAGCACAGUGUGUGUGGGACUGAGUCACAGUAAACAAACAUCUUACACAGUGUAACAGACUGUCUCAUUGAUGUGAUUUAAUUGUUACUGGACAACAAUGGAAUUCACAGAGGAAUAAAAUCUAUCAGGCUUUGGACACACACACACACACACACACACACACACACACACACACACACACACACACACACACACACACACACACACACACACACACACACACACA